AAUGGCCGAGAUUCUCUCCUUGCUUCCCGGCUCUGCCUUUUAUCUUCCCCCAAUCUCCCUCUUCACUCCUACUAGUCUCCUCUCUCUCUGAAAUCAACAUUUCUUUUCUCUCUCUAUAUAGAUAUUGUCAGUAGCUGUAUCUACUAUUUGUAGAAAGAUCGAGGAGAGAGUGUAAAAUAAGUAUGAUGUUGGGUAAGAGAACACGUCCACCGGUAAAGAGGACUACUAGCAUGACGGAGUUCACCUUAGAUCUGGCCAUGGAGCAGGACCCAAGUCAGCAGCCGUCCGAUCCUUUCAACACCGGCGGCGGCGCCGGAUUAAACCACCGCUUUUUCGCCGCCGCCGGCGUCUCUCCGCGCGUCCACCGUCAUAAUUCCUGCGACUUCGUCGAGACCGCUCAGUUCUUGAAAUCUUGCUUCCUCUGUAACCGCCGUUUGGUACCCGGCCGUGACAUCUAUAUUUACAAAGGCGAAAGUGCAUUUUGCAGCCUAGAGUGCAGACAACAACAGAUGAACGAGGAGGAGAGGAAAGAGAGGCGUUCGUUGACAUCAAAGAAAGAAGCGCCGGCGGCCGCCGGAUCAGAAGUGGUGUCCGCCGUCGCCGGUGAGACCGUCGCCGCCACCGUGUAGAAGUACAUAUCAUCCAUGAUUGUACAUAUGUAAUGUCUAUAAAGUAUCUUUUUUGGGAAGGGGGUUUUGUGGUGGGUCUAAGUUAUCCUUUGUUUUGGCGAUGGGGAAGUUUUGGAAGUGUCUGCUUCAUUUGGAUCCAGCAUGUAGCCAUGUAGUAUUAUUAUAUUAUUAUUAUUAUGUAUAAAAGCAUUCUCUA